CCUCGUUUGACAGAUGGCACGCCGCUGUCAUACGUAAAUAAAGCGUUCAAUUUGGCUUGUGGGAAAGUUGCAAACUAUUGACAAAACAAACAUAAUUUAGCUUUAUUUUGUGUGUAAUAAAACUCCAGAUGGCUCGCGAAACAGAAUCGGAUGGAUCAGGUUCGGAUUCGGGCUCUAGUCGUAGCAACAGCCGGAGCAGAAGCCGCAGCGGUACCCCUCAAGUAGCACCAACGCCUGGUUUUUCCUUGGAACAUCAUGAUUCUCGCUCCAACUCCCCCAAUCAACGGUCCCGCUCCGGUACACCGCGACAGAACCGGAGUCGGUCAAAUUCAGCCGGUUCUCAGCGUUCGCGGUCGGGUUCUGGUGCAAGGUCGCGUUCUGGCAGUAGAUCCCCCACUCCUGGCAGUGCACAGAAACGUCAGAGCAGAUCACGCAGCGGAUCCGGUUCACCGGCCGGUUCUCACAGAUCCGGUUCCGGUUCAAGACAUUCGCGCUCCCGGUCAGGAUCCCGUUCGCAAGGAUCCGGUAGCGCAAGAUCGCGCAGCGGUACACCACAAAACCGUUCGGGUAGCGGAACGCCCGUGAAUAGAUCCCGCAGCGGAUCGGCCGCAUCGGGAUCACCGGGCUCGGAACGGAAAUCUCGGUCCCGUUCCCGCUCUGCUCGUUCCGGCUCGGCACGCAGUCGUUCCGGAUCUGUGCAAUCACCGGUGAACGAAAAACGAAAACGAGCUGUACUGAGCGAUUCCGACUCGGACGAUGGUGCCAAGAAGGAGGCGAAAAAGAAGAACAAACUCAUCGAUACGGACUCGGAGGAAGAAGCAGGUGGCGGAACGGCGAAGGGCAAGGAUGUUACGGCCGAUGCACUGUUCGGUGAUGCGGAUGAUAUCAGCUCGGAUGAAGCUGCCGGUGACGAGUCAGGCCGAGAGCGGGAUGAACUGGAUGAUCUGGAGGAUGAACAGCGCAAGCAGGAUCAGGCAAGAGAUCGAUCGAGGGAAAGAUCCCGCAGCCGAAGCCGUAGUCGCAGUAGAAGCCGUGACAGUGAUCGCCGUUCGUCGGAUGAAGAAGGCAACCGGGAUCGGUUAGCCCGUUGGGAGGAGCCGAAAGAGCCAGAACCGGAACCGGAACCAAUUCCGGAGACACGAAUCGAUGUUGAGAUUCCUCGCAUUGUGACGGAUCUCGGUCGAGACAUUCAUUUCGUAAAGCUACCCAAUUUCUUGUCCGUCGAGACACGCCCAUUCGAUACGGACACGUAUGAGGAUGAAAUUGACGAAGAGGAAACGCUCGACGAGGAAGGUCGCCAGCGGUUGAAGCUGAAGGUGGAAAACACAAUCCGCUGGAGGAACAACAUCGACCGGCAGGGUACGGCACAGCGCGAAACAAACGCGCGGUUCGUCAAGUGGUCCGAUGGUAGCAUGAGUUUGCACCUGGGAUCGGAAAUUUUCGACGUGUACAAGCAACCGCUGCAGGGCGAUCACAACCAUCUGUUUAUCCGGCAGGGUACGGGUUUGCAGGGCCAGUCCGUAUUCCGCACGAAGCUUACCUUCCGACCACACUCGACCGAAUCGUUUACCCAUCAGAAGAUGCUCAUCUCGUUGGCCGACCGGUCGCAGAAAACGUCCGGCAUCAAGAUCCUUACACAGGUCGGGUUCGAUCCGGAUGCGGACCGAAAGCAGAACCUCAAAAAGGAGGAGGAAAAGCUGCGGAUGGCAAUGCGUGCCAAGCAGACGUCUUCGAAACCGAAGCGCGGACGGGACUCGGGAGCAAAUGCGGGCAACGCGUACCACCACGACGAGGGUUCGGAUGAUGAGGGUGGCAUAUCGAUUGCGGCCAUUAAAAACAAAUUCAAGGGAGACAAAGGGAAGGGAGGCGGUGCGAAAGGAAACGCCGGAAUUUACUCUUCGGACGAGGAAGGUUCGGAUGUGGAAACGGGCCGGCGUAAGAAAAACAUUGACAAAAAGAAGGCACUUAAAUCGUUGGCCGAUUCGGAUGACAGUGAUGCUGGAUCGGGGUCGGAGGAAGGUUCGCGCGGUACCCGGUCACGAUCCAAUUCGGGCUCCGGAUCGGGGUCGGGUGGUGAAGGAUCCGGUAGCGAGAAGAGCGGUGCAGGGGGCAAUCGUUCUGAGGGCGAUAGUGAUGAAUAGGAAUAGCUCGAAGGAAGAAUGACCAGGAGAGCAACUUGAUGGAUAUCUUUAAAAAUUCGGAAAAAUAUAAUACAGACCAGAAUUGAAAAAAAAAU